AUGCCAACCAUCCUAGUGCAACCCAUUGCCUCCAGCACUGUGGAAGUGGACUUGUCAGAAGAUGCAACAGUGGCAGAUUUGAAGAGUGCUUUAGCCCAAAAGACCGGAAUUGACAUUGAAGAACAAAGGCUUGUGACGCGUGGCAAGUUGCUGGAGGAUUCCACUCUCAUCCAUUUGGUGGAUGGCAGAAUAUUCCUCGCGCGUGGAAGCUUGUCCAAGAAGGAGUCAGAGGAGUUGGAUGAGGAUGAUGAGGGCGAUGGUGAUGAGAUCGAGCUUACUGUCAAGAUGGUUGGUGCAACAGGGACUUGGCAAUUGCGACUUCAAGCAGACAGCUCCACCACAGACUUCAAAAAUCAGGUCUUGCUCCAAUUGAACCUACCGACCGCAGAGCUUGGCCAGCGGCUUAGAUCAUUCGAGAACCGCACGGUGCCCAUGUGUGCCCCGCAACGGCCGAACGGGUAUGGGUCAAAACCUGAGCCCCAAGCCCAAAACCGUAUCCCUGGUAGUCCAUUCUGA